AUGGAUGAGAUGGCUGAACAAUCUGUUGUCAGUCCAAAUGUCUCGGUGGCCUACAAAAACGUUCCCGUGGGGACUUGUACAACAGUUUUCGAGACUCAGCAACAAUUCGCAGGUUACAUCACUCUCCCACCGAAUAUUUUGGAUCCCAGUCAAGGAAACUACACCAUCAACACUUUUUUCUGGUUUAUUGAAGCGAGACAACUCCCCGAGUCGGCUCCAUUGACAAUCUUCAUCAAUGGCGGACCUGGGUCCAGCAGCAUGGUCGGUCUAUUCCAAGAGGUUGGACCCUGCCAGGUAGUGGAAAUUGCCAACGGUCAGCUGGGCACAAUUGCACGAGACUGGGGUUGGGACCGCAGCAGCAACAUUGUCUUCAUUGACCAGCCAGUUCAGGUGGGGUUCUCCUACGAUAUUCUGACCAACUCCUCCCUUAAUCUGCUUGAUGAAACCACAGUCACUCCACCAACAGCAGGACCCAUCUCGCAGCCUAGCUACACGUUUCUCAAUGGCACAUUCGGAUCGGGAAAUCCGUCAUUCACAGCCAAUACGUCCCAAAUUGCUGCCCAGUCGCUCUGGCAUUUUCUGCAAACAUUUCUCACUUCCUUUCCUCAGUACAAUACCGCUCUCCGUGUGCAAGCCAAUGAGCCUACGGCCGAGGUCCACCUGUUCACCGAGUCCUACGGAGGCAAGUAUGGACCUGCUAUUGGAGCUUUCUUCGGCGUCCAGAAUGAGCGUCGUCAGACAGAUUCCGAUUUUGCCAAUACGACCAUUGAUAUUACACUGAAGUCACUGGGCAUCAUCAACGGCUGGAUUGAUCUCGUGACCCAGACGCCGUAUCAUCCCAAGUUUGCAUAUGAGAAUACUUAUGCCAUCGAAGCCAUUUCGCAACUUCAAGAACUCAACGCUUUGAGCGCCUACAACAGCGCAGACGGCUGCGAGCAGCGUACUGCCUUCUGCCGUUCACAAGAAGCUGCCCUCGACCCGAUGGGCCACGGAGACGUGGAUGCAGUCAACGAAGCGUGCUCGCAAGCGCAAUCGUACUGCGAAGACUAUGUAGUUGGGCCAUACACUACAUCCGGGCGUUCCAUCUACGACAUUUCGCAAAGUAUGCUCGACCCUUUUCCGGGCGCUCUCUACCUGGAGUAUCUGAAUGAGCUAUCGGUUCAAGAAGCGCUUGGUGUGCCGGUCAACUACAGCCAAGAUUCAGUGGCUGUGUUCACUGCCUUCAACACCACCGGAGACUAUGCACGGAAUAACAUCGUCCAGGAUCUUGUUGAUCUUCUCGAUUCUGGUGUCAGAGUUGCGCUGAUAUACGGGGACCGAGAUUACAUCUGCAAUUGGCUAGGAGGAGAAGCAGCCUCUUUCGCUGUAGCUGGGGCGGCGGGCCCAUCAUAUUUGCCGUGGUACGACGCUGGAUAUGCCCCGAUUGUGGCCAAUAGCACCUACGUCGGCGGUGUCGUUCGGGAGUUUGGGAACCUGAGUUUCAGCCGAAUCUACGAUUCCGGUCACUUGAUGCCCGCGUAUCAGCCCGAGACCGCCUUCACCAUCUUUUCGCGUAUCAUCCAGGGAACAGACAUCAGCAUGGGCUUGCCAGCGGACUUGUCGACAUACUCGUCGUUUGGGGAAGCUAACUCAUCGCACCAGAAUAUCGCCCCUCCAAUGGCCGAUCCGAUCUGUCACCUUCGCGCCGUCAAUACGACCUGUAACACGGACCAGAAGAACAUGCUCGCGAAUAAUGCUGGCGCCAUCAUCAACGGGGUUUUAUACGCUGACGCCACGGACUGGCAGGCACCGGACCCAGGAAUUGUCAUCAUCGCCGGAUCGCCAGGCACGCCCCCGGUCAGCAUAGUGACCAGUCCACCGAUGCCCAACACGAGCAUGACGCAGGAAGGGUCGCAAAUAUCAAGUGCAAACACGGAGUCUGCCAACCGGUGUGUAUACAGCUACCACCGUUCCUCCAACGACAUCCGCUAG